CGUAAACGCCAAGCGCCGCGAUGAAGAACUUUGACUUUCGCUUGCUGUGUGUCGAGUGGAGCGUCGGAUGGCUUCCAUCCCUAUUAUUUCCUGGUGAAUAUGAUGGCUCACAUUUACCUCGCACUGUUCCACCGUGUGAUCUGAAUGAAGAAUUCCUCCCCGGUUGUGUUACUUUUGACGAAGGUGGCUGCUAUUGAAACUCUCCUGGGCUUCUAGAAGACGCCUUUCUGCGCCCGAUCAGCAAGGUUGCAGAAGGCUUAAGUCCCACGCGGUUUGCCACGCGCUGCAUGUGUAUAAGGGGUCAACAGGAAAAGGGAACCCAAGGACAGACAGAUGACUAAAUUGGAGUCGGAUGCAAUCUGUGGUUCUGUGUAGGCUUCGUGGAUACGCCUCCACUUCCCAAGGUUCAGC